AUGGUCGAGACCGACGAACUACCUUAUGCCGACAAUGAUGACUCAGAUCCUCAAGUCAUGGUAGUACAAACCCGAGCACAAAUUCGAGCAGAAAAACAACAACAACCAGACAGAGAUUCCGGAGAUAGUAAAGAGAAAGGCCCUGAGAGCCUGACAAAACUCCGGGAAUGGGAAAAGAAGCAGAAGUUAGCUACCAAGAUACAACGGCAACUCGCUCUACAACCACCCAAAUUAGUAAUUUUAGACUCCGACAAUGAAGCUCAACCAUCACCAGCUCGACAACAAUGCCAAGACUCAGUACCAGAAAACCGACAGACAAAUUGUCCAACAUCAACAUUGACACCAGAACACAAUUUGGCAAACUUCGACAAAAUCCAAGAAGUAGCAGAGACUAUCCUCAACCAAAAUAUUCAGAUCACCAUCGGCCAACUGUUGAAGAUUGCACCCUACCUCACCAAACAGCUCACCGAUCUAACAUCUGCACCGACCAACACUUUGACAUACUCGCCCACACUCAACUCGACACAGACAGCUGUUGACACAUUUCGAACCAAGAUUCAACCAGGUGAUUGUGACAAUGAUGUUCUGACAAUUGACCUACGACUCGACAAACACCUUGUUCGAGGAGCCAUAAUUGACGGCGGCUCUAGCGUUAAUAUUAUUGAAGAAAGUCUUGUUCAACAACUCAACAUCGGCCCAGUCCACCCAGCACCUUUCAAUGUCCGAAUGGCCGACCACCGAUCUAUUCAACCCAAAGGCAUCAUCCGAAAAGUCAACCCCACCAUUCAAGGUGUCGAAAUACCAGUCAACUAUGUCGUCCUCAAACUACCGAAGCAGACCGAUAAAUACUCGAUUCUCCUCGGCCGACCUUGGCUCCGAACUGCCCAAGUUUAUCAAGAUUGGCCCAAUGACAAUCUUAUCCUUCCCGGACCAGAUGGACCGAAGACUGUGUUGACAAAAGCGACCAAAUCGCUGUCCAGCCACAACUGA